GCGAAGUUCCAGCGUGAAUGGAUCCAGGCGGCCGGUUUGGCCCUUGAUCCUGGUUGCAUUGCUUGGUGCUGGCAAGGUUCUGAUUCCGACUGUCUCAUUGGCAAACGGGGCGGAAAUGCAGAGAUUGGCACUGGGGCUGUACAAUGUUCCGCGAGAUCAAGUGAAGGCAGUGAUUGACGCAGGGUUGGAGGCAGGUUUACGUCACUUUGACUUUGCAUCCUUCUAUGACAACGAGGCGGAGUGCGGUAUGGCGCUGCGAAGUUGGCUCAAAGAAGGCCACAGCAGAUCUGAGCUCUUCGUCACAACAAAGGUUUGGACCACCGACCUGGGAGAUCCAGCCGCUGCCGUUCGCAGCGCAGAAAUCUCCAUCGAUGAGCUGGGCCUGGGUGCGGUAGACCUUGUGAUGGUGCACUGGCCAAUGCCGGGCAAGCACGUCGCGGCAUACGUUGCUUUGGAGGAACUAGUGCGAAGCGGCAAAGCCAAAGCGCUAGGCAUCUCCAACUAUUCGCCGGCAGACUACGAGGAGCUGAUGGAGUCUGCCUCGAUCCCCCCGCUUGUGAACACCUUCGAGAACAACCCUCUGCUCUACCGCAAGGAGUGGUGUGACUUCUUCCAGGAGCAAGGGGUGGUAGUGCAGGCCUACAAGCCGCUGCAACGAGGAGGACCAGUGCUGAACUGUGAAGCAGUGCAGGAGGUUGCAGGGAAAUCCGGCCGAAGUCCAGCGCAAGUCUGCUUGCGAUGGAACUUGGAGAAAGGCAAUGCAGUUGUCUUCAAGAGCCUGACUCCCUCCAGGAUCCGUGAGAAUGUGGAGGUCUUCGACUUCGCUUUAAGCCCAGGCCAGGUGGGCACACUCGAUGCGCUGACCACGGAGGAGGUCAAAGCGGAAGCGCAGAGCCACUGGGAGCAGCGCCGUAGCGGCACGGACGCGCCCUGGGGGCCUGGCUUGAGGCCCGAGAAGCGGAUGCUGGAGGAAGCGGGCCGAUCGA